GAAGCCAUCAAAACAAAAUCAGCGAUUGGCAUACGGACUCCAAAUCAAAAUAUCAACGUGUGAUUAUCGUGAUUACACUUUUUUUUACCUUUAUUAAAACAUGAAUCCCGUGGAAAGUUUCGUGUUUCCGGAUAUUCCCAAGACCAUACGAGAUGUGCUCUUCAAACCCGAUAAGCAGAUGAUCAUUGUGGGUGUGAUUGGGAAGUCCUCCAAUCCGACCUGCAACAAACUGAUCGGAUUCAAUCUACUGACCACUCAUCCAGCUCUGACCGAUUCGAAGUGUUGUGAGGGUCGCAUAAAAUUCUACUUCGAAAACGAUGGCAACGUGCUGUACCUGCACUUCGAGACCACAUUCGACCAACAGGUCAUGGCCGAACAGCUGGCGAAAGCGAUCGAUACCGGAGUGCAGGACAAUUUUGUCAACUUCAAUAGCUACGUCCGUAGCAGGUUUGCGAGGAUGCUACUGUUUGCCAUUCAGGUUUGCCACAUGAUCGUGCUGGUAGAACCAACGUCAGUGUUCGACACAAGUUACUUGUCCAUUUUCAAGUCGCUGAAGAUCAUCCGCGAGAAAUACGUGCUGAAAUUCUUGCCGAAACUGCUGAAAGCAUCAAAUGUGGGCAACUAUAUGGGCAAAGAAGCCAGACUGUGUAGUCCGAGAUUUAUAUUUCUUUUCGAGGGCACAUGCGAUAUAAAGCCGGAAGACGUUGAAAAGCUGGAAGCCUUAGAAUGCGCAGUAGAAGAAGAUAUCUACAAGAUGCUGAGGACUGAAUUCAUCAUCACGAACAACAGUGCAAUGUCGCUGUUUUCCAUUCCAAGGAGCAAGAAGUUUGUGUUCUUCAGUAGCGAUUCGAAGGCCAAGUCGGACCCGUUACUGGAUUCGAUAGACAUGCUUAUGGAAUACCUGGAUAAACCAGCUGCCGGACAGCAGGGCGAUAAGGAUGAAGAAGAGUUCAUGAACAAGUUGCGGCCGUGUGCUGGCUAUGGAAUGUCCGCUUGGAGUGUCGGAGCAGGCGCUCCGAAAACCGAACGCGAAAGGAGUGUCUUGACGCUGAUAAAAAAACACGUGGCCGAAGCGUUUGAGCACGGAUUUGACGACAGUGUGUCCAAGUAUAGGGGUCGGAGUCAUUUUGCAGUCCCGGGCUUCAAAUCAUGGUUCGAAGGAUUCAAGUUUCUGCACAAAAUCUUUAUCGAAAACCCUGACAACCAGAACUACGAGCCAGUCGAUGUGGACUACAAAGCAUACCUGGAGAACUUCCACAAGGUCAUCGACAUUGACGAACGGUUCUUCGCGGACGUUUGUGAGCACGGAAUGGAGCUCGCCAUGGUAAACUACAAGGAAAUGCUACCCCAUCACUACAGCGGAACGUUCCACGAGAAGAAGUACCAACAGGCUCGGGAACUUUUCCUGCGAUACGCCCGGGGACCUGAGGUUGAGAAGCACGAACUCAAACUGAAGGACUAUUGCGACUCGAUCUGGUUGAACGGGAAGCAACAAUGCGAGUAUCCCAGCCUGCGGGGGAAUCCUUGUGCGCUCGGGAAGCAUAAAGCCAAUGACCCGAUGGAUCAUUCUAGUGGGGUCGUUUUCGUGUCCGCUUGCAACUGUGGACGCACCCAGGGUCAUCGCGAAGAUCCGUACACAAUCAGGCAAGCUAAUUAUGAGUUUUAUCAAUUAAUCGCCAAAAGUUGCAGCAACUGUACUCUGCUGGAAAGGAUCAAAUUUCCGGUGUUCGAGCCGUCCAGUAGCGACUUCCGUGCAGCGGAAUUCAUUAACAAGAAUCUAUCGAACCUGAUGUCCCUUGAAAAUUCGAACAGAACUCCUGAUACCGGCACUCACCCUCCGAUGACCAACGAUCAUUCUCCACAUCUGUCUGGCAGUCAGAAAAGCCAAGACAGUGCUUCGAAUCUCACGUUUAGUAUUGAUGAUAAGGAGGAAAAUGAGACUCAUGCCAAAAACUACGCAAGUCAAGGCGACGCAGACGAGGCCCUGGAACAGGAAAACUUGAACGAAAUUGUCAUCAAAGUUGGAGAACACGCGGAUCAAACAGACAAAGAGAAAGCUAUUCUCAGGCAACCUUCCACGACGGAAUAUCUCCCUGGGAUGUUACACGCUACCAGCCCAAUAGGAUUGCUUCCGCAAUUCCCUUCGUGGUCGUUAGUUUGUCUUGGACCUAGCUCAAUAUACACUCACAACAGUGGGCUUCCGGAGCAUAUUCAAAGCGGAUUCCUUUCUGGAUCAAACUUUCUACUGCCGUGGGAUGUCAGCGUAAGACUCGAACACGCUCAAUCCUGGGCUGCCUCAUAUGAGAAAAUCAGGAACCGGAAGAAGAACGUCUCCCAGUCCAAGUCGAGCGAUUCCAGCAACAACUUUACCCUGAAAAUUUUCAUAGGCAUAGAAUACGAGUGUCUUCGUGGCCAUCGGUUCAUCAUGAGUGGACCGGACACAGUUCUUCGCGGUGGAUCUGGUAUCGUGCGAGACAGUGGCAGCAAAGUCGUGUUCAACGAUAUGCCCAUUUAUUUCCCAUGCCUGUGCCGCAAUUCAAAUGUCGCUCAAUUGAUGCGUGUCCACAUCGUAACCCCCAAGGCACCAGUCAAUGUGAUCCUGGAACCGAAGGCGAAAAUCUUCCAGAACAACAUGCAGAGCAACUUCACGUUUACCACGGGCCAACCGGAACCGAUCAAGCUGACGCAGAGCGCCUACUGGAUCCUGCGGUUACCGUUCGUGUAUGAAGGUGACGAGGGCCCAUUAAUGCCACCGAGUGAGGUGAAUGCUAGCAAUGCUGCCAUGCACGGCAUACUGCUGGCCGGAAUGUACGGUAUCAAGGAAAGUGAGAUCAGUGAAGAGCUGCUUUAGAUGUAGAGAAAUAUGUAUUCCUGUGGUUUCUGAGUUGUUCGAGCAAAUAAAUUGUUAAACAAAAGUUUUUAGCAGAGCGUAGUUUCGAUCUACGGACCUCUGGGUUAUGGGCCCAGCACGCUUCCACUGCGCCACUCUGCUUGCAUGGGAUCAGAGAAUUAAUCAUUAAGAGCUUAUGUGGGAUUUAAUAAAUUUCUGAUCCAAUGUGAAA